GUUCAGGUGGCGGGAAUAGAUAUACAGUGUGACACGCACACGUAAGCAAGGCCGUAUAUGGCAAAGUGUGACAGUCGGGUCCUGGAAGGACAUAUCGAGCGCCUUGUAGAUCUAGCACGUCAACAGCUCACAGGCAGCUUCACAGGCCUCAAUGUGCUCUAGCUGCCCGCUCAUUCUUACCACAGCCGUUAAAUAUUCAAUCAAUUAUCUCUUUAUUUCUUUCGUUUGCUCAAUUGUAUACCUAGAUAUAUUGUCAUGACACAACCUUGGCCUUUCCAAGCUGGGACACAGCUAUCCGAUACCCCUGAAUCCGAUCUAGCAUCCCUUUCACCUCGUACCGCGCUGCUAUCUCCUCCAUACGAAAACGCGGAGCUAAGCAGGCCACGCCGUGUCAACGGCGCGCCCAACGACAAAUUCCGUCACGAGCGUGAACGCAUUCACGCAACUGCGAGUGCUCGUGACCUCUUACGACUCCUGGUUAACGAGGAGUAUGAGGCAAAACAGACUCGCAAAGUGCUUUAUACCGCAUUAGACAGGCUGGACGCUGAAAGCCGUCGUGCGGAAGAAGCAGAAGUACAACUAGCAGACACGUUGGAACGGACCAGGUCUAUCAACGAGGCUCGCGUUGCUGCGCAGCAGGAGGCUGCUCGCGCACAAGAGGAACUGAGGCUGUACAAGCUGCAACUCGAUAAUGCGCAGAGAGAAAUUCUCAGAGCCCAAGAUGUACUCGGAGUCAUUGAGGCCCAGAGGGAUGAUGCAGAGGCCGCGGCUGCUGAAGCGCGCUCAAAGGCACGGAGAUUGAAUGAAGAACGCUUGAUUGACCUUGCCAGGGAAGAGGGUCGCAGACUUGGGUAUGAAGAAGGCAUUCGUCGCGGUCGUAAUAUGGGGUACAGAGAAGGGCGCGUAGGUGGUCUUGAUGAAGGCCGGUCACAAAUGCGAGACGCCGCUGCCGCUACCCUCGACAGGCUGCUCGACGCGCGGGAAGGAGAAGACGCAGCUUCCGUGGUUAUGCCUCCUCAGCCUGCAUCCAUGCCAGAGAGUCGAACCGCACCAGAAGUCCUCCGUGUCUCAUCACCUAUCUCAACGUCACUUGGUGGUCGUCAUGGCUCUCGUUCCCGUCAUGAUUCCGAAUCUGAUUCCGCCAGUCGAAGGAGUGUCCCGCGCGCUCCAGACCCCAUAGUCAUGCCUGUCAUGGUUGAACACCCGCGGACCAGGACAACAAGCACGAAUCCCUCUGUUACCACUCAAUCUUCUCGUUCGCGUCCGGAGCUCCAACCUUGGCCAAUGUCAGAUCGCUCGUCAGCUCGGUCACCCCCAACCAGACCAAUCUCAUUGCAAAAUUCUGCUCCUAGUGUCCAGCACUCAGAGUUCCAAGUCCCACCAGACGGCUACAUACCAACCCUGGGUCAGGACCAGCGUAUCCCUCUCCCUCCGCCGCAUGAACUCAACCGCAUUCCUUCACCAUCACCGUCACAACCAGUCGCUGGGCCGUCCUCAGAUUCAGUCAGAACAUUCGACUAUCCCCCUCGUCGUGCCUCUCCGGAGUCACAAACGUCAACGAAGAUGUCCAUGUCUCAAUCCUCCACCAUAUCGGCGCUCGAGAUUAUCGGCCUGCCCAACAUGACGAGCCGUGACAAACGUCGAGAGCGCAACGGUCUGAGUGUCAUCCAUGAAGAUGCAAGCGCCACAGCCGACUAUGAAACUGUUACUGGAUCUGACGCGGGACACCAUCACUAUCGCAGCGAAAGAGACAACGACAGUGAAGCUACCAGGCACUCAAAGCAGAGGCUUGCUGACGAACUGAGAUGGUCUAACCCAUCCGAGCCUGAGGAAUGGCGUCGACAUGGGGCAGCCAAGACUCGCACGCAAAGCUCUCAAGGUCCCCCCCGUCCUCGCCCAACGAACGUGACAACGCCCAAUCCACUCUCUCCUCCAAACUGGGAUAACGUUGAUGCCCCUCUGCCUCGGCAUUCCCGACAUUCAAGGACAGUAUCCACUCCAAGUCAACGAGAGUCGGCCGGAUAUGAACACCGAAGAGUGGUGUCAUCAGACAGCUCUGUCCCUGAAAUAACCGUUGAACCCCCAUCUCGUCCUCCCUCUGACGCACCAUCAGGGCGUGCGGCCGUAUUGGGGCUACUCAGUCCGGAUCAUGCUAAUCACCCCCUCCCUGUCCCUGUCCCUGUUUCGCAACGUACCCCACUUGUACCUACAGUCCCUAACACUCCUGUUUCAGCGCCCGGCUCGUUGGUAGGGUCUUUCUAUGACAUAGGACAGCUGCCAACCGGUUACGCCGGCAACAGCGGCGCACCGCCUCCAGGGGGCCCUGUCAUUCCGAAUAUGAAUGGGAGGGAAGCGCCCUCGCGACGCAGUUCGCUUUACGCACCUGCCCAGCCUGACGGCAGGCGCUCAAAGACACCUCAGUCUUACGUGUCCUCCCCAGUCCCUUCUGGUUUUUCCUACCCCGCACCGCCUAUUUCCAGGGAACCGACGCCAAACGGCUCCGCAGAACGUGGGGACCGUUCCUCUACGCAUGGACGCCGACAGAGUCUAAGCCAGAUGGCAGGAAUGACGCCUGGCGCCCGCCCGCGGUCUCUGCAGCCAGGCGGAGGCGGCGGCGAGUCUUCGCGUUCGUCCCACAAACAACGAUCAAAUGCGUCGGAUGGCUCACGCCAGUCGUUUGCGCACUAUGACCCGGGCGUGUACAAUGACCCUUCGUAUUUGUCGAGUACCGAGUCGUUCAUGGAUCAUCGGACGGGCGCGAACACGGCUGCAAAUGCGGGUGGGUCCAGAAGGACCUCCUAGAUACCCUUCGCUUUCGUAUUGGAACACUGGAACAACUGAAUGAUUUUGUGUAGCCUAGACUGAUGUGUGUUUUUCUUGUUUAUUCUCAUCGAGCAUGAUAUUUAUUAGCGCGCAAUUACUGACAUCGAGUAAUCACUUGACCUGUAGGUCUGCAUAUCCACUGCUAUUGUUUUCACCGUUGCAUUCCAAUAUAAAUCAAUGAUACCAUUGUUAGGACGUUCGAGGAUCAUGUACUUAAA